AUGGAGAGUAUCAUCACAGCUUUUGAGUUAUCGCAGAAAGCCACAUCAAUCUUGAAGGAAGGAGAAAGAAAACCAAUGUCUACCACCGCCGCCGUUGAAGUCAACGCUAUUUACUCGAGUAAGUCACAAAACGCCAAUUAUUUAAAUAGAAAGUCAUGUCCUGAUUGCAACGUGCAACAUGACCGCCAAAAUUGCAAAUAUUUAGAUUUUGUAUGUGACAAAUGCCAUCGACGUGGGCAUAUCCAGAGCGUAUGUCUCUCGAACAAAAAACAAAAUACAUGUGAUCGACGUCGUAGGAAACGGGAUUAUUCUCAAAACCGACAAAGCAAUCGCUCAAGCUCCAAGCAUCGUCAUUACCAAUCGCGUUCACAUAAUAAUCAAAAUACUUCGAAUAAAGAUUUUAGAGAAACGGCACAUUUAAUACACGAAGUGCAGCAUGAAGACAUAUGCACUCUAAAAGAAUCAAUUGGUCAAUGCGAAGAAUCAAAAAAGAGAUUAAUUGUGUCACUAGAAGUAAACAAAGUCCCGCUUGAUUUUCAAUUAGACACGGGGGCUACCUGCUCAUUAAUAGGUUUGCAAGGUUAUCGGAAUUUAGGAGAACCAAUUUGUGCAACGACCGACCGAGUACUGAGAGCAUAUGGUAAUAUUAAAAUUCCCAUUAAAGGCAUGAUUUCGGCAGAGAUUAUUUGGAGGGGUAUUGUACGUAGAUUGCCUUUAUUAGUAGUCGAUAGCGAAUAUGGUUCCAACAUUAUGGGAAUGGACUUGUUUGAUGCGUUUGAUCUUAGCAUAAAGCAACAAAGUGAAGAAAAAGCUCUACAUGUUUCAAGUGACAAUUCUGACAAAGAGCAGCAACAACUAGCUUUAGAAGCAAAAACACUUUGUGAACGUUAUAAAUCAGUGUUCAAUUCAGAGCUGGGAUGUAGCAAUAGUUAUGUUGGUCAUUUGGUAUUAAAGGCUGAUGCACAACCAAAAUUUUGUAAAUAUCGACCCGUCCCUUUUGCCCAAAAAGAAAAAGUGAAAGCCGAAAUAGAUAGACUUCUUAAGCUGGAAAAAGUGAAAGCCGAAAUAGAUAGACUUCUUAAGCUGGGUAUUCUCCGGCGAAUUGAGACAAGUCAAUGGGCUGCCCCCAUCGUCCCUGUUCAAAAAGCGAAUGGUUCGAUUCGUAUUUGUGGCGAUUUCAAGCAAACAAUAAAUCCGCAACUAAUAGUAAAUCGUCAUCCAUUGCCACGGGUCUUGGACAUUUUUCACAGUCUUGAAGGUGGUUGUUAUUUUACGAAAAUAGAUCUCUCUGAUGCUUAUUUACAGAUCCCGUUAGAUGAGGAGUCUCAGAAAAUCUGUGUCAUUUCCACUGAGUUUGGUCUGUUUCAAUAUCUACGUGUACCUUUCGGUACAGCUAGCUCUACGGGAAUUUUUCAAAACUACAUCGAACAAUUGACAACCGGGCUGUUUGGCGCAGCUUAUGUCGAUGAUGUCAUUAUUUCUGGGAGAAGCAAAGGAGAGCAUUUGGAUAAUCUAAAGACUUUUCUUGAACGUCUUGAGAGUCAUGGUCUACGAUGCCGUCUAGAAAAAUGUGAAUUUGCCAAAAGCAAAAUCGAGUAUCUGGGUCAUAUAAUAGACGCAACUGGCAUUCGUCCGUCUGAGUCACGACUACUUGCCAUCAAAGACUUGCCCGAGCCCAGCAACUUGAAGGAACUAGAAGCAUUUGUAGGAAAAAUAAACUACUAUAAUCAGUUUAUAGAAAAUUUUGCACAAAUUGCUGCCCCGUUAAAUAAACUUCGAUCGAAGAAUGUAAAAUUUAUAUGGGGAGACGAGCAGCGAAAAGUUUUCCAAAUAUUUAAAGAGAAACUCAUGAGUGUAUCGAGGUUAGUUCAUUUUCAAAAUGAUCUGCCAGUUUCUUUAGCGACAGACGCAUCGUCGCAUGGUAUUGGCGCGGUAAUAUCUCACAUAUAUCCGGACGGAUCUGAGAAACCGAUAGCUUUUGCUUCGAAGACAUUAACAGAAUCCCAGAAACGCUACAGUCAGAUCGAAAAAGAAGCUUUGUCGAUCAUAUUCGGAAUAAAAAAGUCGACCAACAGCACAACAUGCCAACGUUGA